AUGGUCACAGGAAGGUGGGAUUUCAGGAUACCCCUCAGGGACUGCCCUUCUCAGAAUUCCAUCAUGAAGUUCCAUGUACUUGUAGGUGUGCUGGUCAUGGUGGGCUUCACAGUGGGAAAGGCUCCUGUUUCUGAAGUCCGGACCUGUCACCUCUGCCUCUUAGAAGACCCUUCUACAGGGUGCAUUUCCGGUUCAGAGAAGUGCACCAUCAGCAGCUCGUUGCCAUGCAUGGUGAUAACCAUCUAUUGUGAUACCAAGAUACGUUUCUUCGUCCGAGGCUGUGGACAGUACAAUUCUUACCGCUGCCAGGAAAAACGCAAUACCUACUUCUCGGAGUACUGGUACCAGGCCCAGUGCUGCCAGUACGAUUACUGCAACUCCUGGUCCAGCCCCCAGCUCCAGAGCUCCCUGCCUGAUCCCCCUGCUGGGGCCUUGGCCCUGCCCCUGUCGGAGUUCCAAAUCCAGUGAUUCUACAAGGCUCUGAACCUCUCACUGCCCCUACCCACCUUCCGUGCUGGGAAGGAGCCUGAAGGCCUCGACCCCCUGGCCACCCUGCCCCUGAACCUGAGCUUGUCCAUCGCUGACCUGCACCACGUAUACUUGUCUCUCAACAGCUCAGGACUUUUGGUUCUUCUCUGGGCUGGGCCCUGA